AUGUUUUUAAUAGGGUUUUCCAGUUCCUCUGCAUCCGCACUUAAGAUGACACAACCCACUACACCGGAGUUCAGAAACUGGAUUUGUUUCGCCCAUGGCUUGAUGGACGUUUUUUGCGAUGGUCUGCGCCCAUGUGUGGCUAAAGAGACGGUGAAGUUUUAUAAUAAUGUAUCGGUAGCAGCCGGAGCUGGACCCCCAUGCACCUGCACUUUCGUCAAAAAGAGGAAAUCAAACCAGUAUCAUGACAUGAGCACCUGUACCUGGGCUAAUAUCCUCCGGGGUCAUCACCAUAGAAACGAACCAAACUGGAAACAAAGUGAUUCCACCAAGUGGAUGGAUCCAAUCCAGGGGCCUUGGGAGAUAGCCAAACUUUUCAUCCCUGAUGUGGGAGGUCGCGUGAUAACAGGUGCAGAGGAUAUGGACGUCACGGGGAUCUUGAACCUAACGUACUGGUGUGAUCACUUUCGUCCCAUUUCUCAAGCCUUGAUUAAAGAUCUCCGUGAUGUUCGAAACCUUACGCUUGGGCACGCGACCAAGCUACAGUUAACUGAUGUUGAAAAGGCCACCGCCUUUGGUGCAAUGGAGGCACUGCUUCAGGAUCCUAAGUUAGCCCAUGAUCGGGACGCCCAGAAAGCCCUACAUGAGAUCCAGAUACUAAAAACUGUGACGGAUGUAGACAAUUUUCUAGCACAAACUCUACUACAGUUUAAAGAAAUGAUUGAAAAAGAUAUCUUACAACUGAAAAUUGAUUCUACACAAAACCGGGAAGAUCUACAACAAUUGGAGGAACGGUUAAAAAUCGUUGAAAAGAAGUUAGAAAAUAUAGAAGACACUACUAAGACCAAAGACAAUUUCUUUACGAACCAUGUCAAGAAUGGCGCUAUGUUUUUCUGCAUCACUCUUAUCAGGUGUACUCGAGUAAUGAUGAAGCGGCUGCUUACUCCUUUGUUGAUGAUUAUUUUGGUGUGCAGUUUCAGUGUCACCCUUCUUGAUCCCAGAUCGUACCAAGACGGUAAGCAAUAAGCUAAGGAUUUAUUGCAAAAUCUUUUGAUUAUUUACCACAGUUAGGAGAUAGUGUGGUUUUGCAGGUUCCUUUCGACACGUUAGAAUACAGGUCAUCGUGCUACAAACAAUACAGGAUCAGAAUUAUCUCCUAUCCUUAAUCCCUUUCAAAAAAUGGCGUUUUUCGAGGGGAAACUGUUUGGUUUAUUUGUCUAUCAGUAAAUCAAUGACCUGCAAUUGUGACCUGAGGAAUGUGGCCUGUAAAAGAAACCUCUUCACACCCCAGUUCCGGACCCUAUUAUCGGCUGGCUCCACGAGAAAAUGCAGUCUUCCGAGCACAAAACGACAAAUGCCAUUUUGCGCUAACAAGUCUUAAUUCAUAAAAUAUACGUGGGCAAAUCUUCAAAGUUAUAUUCUUUGAUUUGUAGGUUAAGGUCGCGGGAACUCCUGUCGUGAAUAAAUUUCAUCACGACAAAAUUUUGCUUGUGUUGCUAUUUUUGAAACGUAACUCUGAACGAAAAGCCAGUUGAAACUGAAAGACUGAGUCGGGACGCCGCUAACGCGGUGAUUGCCAGAUAAAUUUGGCAGAGGGAUAUAUAAAUUUCUGCCCUUCUCUACUGUAGCUUGGCCUCUCGUUUCUGCAGCGACUUGUUGGCACCGCGCUACGCAAGCUAAUUCCUGAUGAAGGAGGGGUAUGGUGUAACUGUAACGAGCAACGUGUGUCUCUUUUGGCGUUACUUUUACUUAGUCUGUCUUACUGUCUUCUCCACGAAAAGUGAUUUAUACUUUCUCUUCGUGCUUAAAGGAUGCCCAGCAGAAGACGAUAGAGUGCCACUCGAAACCAAAGAGUUUAACAUGUCAGAAUACUUGGAAGCUGCACGAGCUGAGGACUUUAUCGGCCGUCAAUGGCUGUAUAGAGAGAUCGAAGAUGCAUUUAAGGAUGAAUACAUUGCUGGGGUACAAAUAUUGGGAAGUCCUGGGUCCGGUAAAUCCGCGCUUUCUUCUCAUCUGAUAUGCUCGCGGACAUCCAGCCCUCGGAUUCAUACCCAUAUUAUAGGAUACCACUUAUGUAAAUACUCUGACAAAAACACACAAAUGGCAGGGAAGUUUGUUCGAAAUUUAGCGGAUAUGAUAGCCCGCAGGCUGCCCGAAUACGGUUAUCUCGUCUCCAAUACUUCCUUCAUUCAGCGUUCUUUUGCCCAGGACUGCAUCCAGAAUCAAGAUCCUGUAGGUUGUUUCGAAGUGACUGUCGUGACUCCUCUUAGAAACCUGAAAAAUUAUCCAACAGAAAAUUGGUUUGUGGUUGUAGAUGCCUUGGAUGAAUGUCUUACACAAGGUGAAACAGGUCACAGCAUUGUCUAUCUGCUGAAGAACAAGAUUUACCGGCUUCCACCUUGGUUUAAGCUCGUUUUGACUUCGCGAAAUGAAUCUGAUGUUUCUCUCCAUUCAAGUAGAAUAAAACGGAUAACGAUUGACUCUGAAGACCCGAGAAACCUUAAAGAUCUCGAAUUCUACGUGACAAAAAGACUUUUCCAAGAAGGGCCUUUAUUGCGCCGUAUAACGUCGUGGUUUGGAGAUGAUAGUGUGAAAAGUAUCGCGAAAUUGGCAGGAGAUGUACUAAAUAUAAGUCAAGGAAAUUUUCUUUUCGUCAAGGAGUUGCUUGACUAUUGGGAACUUUCAAGACCCAACUUAAGUAACGCUUUUGUCUUGCCCACGACUCUGGGAGAUCUGUACCAGAGUUACUUCGAGAGGCUAUAUCCGAGAAAAGGGAGCUUUAAGUAUGCCCGGCAUGUUUUUGAGUUGCUAGUCUCGACAUCUGAUCCACUGACACAAAAACAGAUCCUUGAAUUACUUAAAAUGAGAGAGAAUAACCUAGAAGAAGAAAACGAUUUCAAAAAUAGACUAAGAGAGCUUGGACACUUUCUGAAAUAUGGAAAGGACAAUACAGUAACACUGUAUCACUUGUCGCUAACUGAGUGGCUCACCAGUGAAGAGAACGAGAAAUACUUUGUGAGUAAAAAGAAAGGACACAAAACAUUCUGCGAUUUCUAUUUGAAUCUGAUUAGAAAAGGGAAAAAAAGCAAGCUGUCGAAAUACAUUCUCAAGUUAGCGCAACAUAUUGCCUUAGGUGAUUGGAAAGAGGCUUAUGUUCAAGAAUUUCGCAGUCUUCCUUCACAGAUAGUCAAUUCAUCAGAUCCCCAAAGCAAAAGAACUCUACUUCAUCUUGCCGCGACAAUAGACAACAGAGAUGCGUUAGAGCUUCUCUUGACGCAUUUUACCUGCAUUGAUUGUGUUGACAACCGUGGAAUUACACCUGCUUUUCUGGCUGCAGAACACGGACUUGUAGACAAUGUUGCUUUGUUGAUCGGCAAGGGAGCCAAAGUCAACCGAAAAACAAAGGGGAUGGUUGCAUUCUAUAAAGCCAAGAUACUUAGAGACUUAACCACCCUAAAAGAAGCCAACAAGGAUUCAUAUUUGUCAGUGGCGUAUCAAAGAAUAGACAUGCCUGUCUACCAAAUCAAGUCGAAAUUCUUUGGCGCCUCAAUGCUUCACGCUGCUGCCAAAGGAGGGCAUGAAAGAGUUGUUCGUUUCCUUAUUGAGAAAAAUGCUCGCAUUUCUAUCUUGAAUGGUGUGCAUCUGACUGCCAUGCAAACAGCGGCUGAAAAUGGACAUCUUAAUGUUGUCAAAACCUUGUAUGAGGCAGGUGCAGUUGCUGAUCAAACAGCUCUCCACCAUGCUGCUGGAAAUAACAGAAUGGAUGUAGUUAAUUUCCUGUUGGAAAUUGGUGUCAAAGAUGAAUGUCUGAGAUGUGAUGGCUUUUUUAGCUGGUUGAACUCAAAAGAGCGGUUCCCAAGCACUACAAUCGUUCUUAGGCCUCCUUUCAAGGAUAAUUGUUCCCAUAUAUGGAUUAUGGAUAAUAAUGUUACCAAGAUUUGCAUUGAUUAUGAGAAAAAAUGGCCAGAUGAAACAAAGAAAUUGUACGACGACAGUCGUUUAAUUUUCUGCCAUUCUGCACUUCAUGCAGCAGUUGUUUCAGGCCACGACAAGGUUGUUACUCGUCUUCUUUCUGAAAAACAUAAUGCUCUGAAUUGUUAUGAUUAUACGGGGAGAACUCCACUUCAUGAAGCCGUUCGAAAAAAUGACUCAAUAAUUGUCAAUAUUUUGCUAGAUAAACAUCCUCAGAUGGUAAAAUACAAGUGUAAACAUCGGCAAGAAGUCAACCAGACGCUGCUUAGUUUUGAGGAAUUAGCUGAAUACAGUGCAGACGUCUGUCAUUGUGGUUAUACUCCUCUCCACCUUGCAGCACUGUAUGGCCACCUGGAAGUGGCAAGAUUGCUCAUCAGAAAAGGUGCUCAGCUUGACGACCGGGACUGCACUGGAGCAACACCGAUUCAUGUGGCUGCUUGUCCUAAUCAUGCUAACUUAAUCGAGGGAAACAUCAAUGUCAAAACAUCAAAUGGAUCUACCCCUCUUCAUAGCGCUGCAGCUUGUGGAGUGGUCGGGAUAAUUGAUUAUUUGCUUUACAAAAAGGCAAGCCUUACAGCAGUUGAUAAUUAUGGCCUGACAGCGCCACACUACUCAAUUCAUAACUUCACAUUUAGAAGUUUUGUUGACCUAAUGGCUCCCAGAAAGGGUCAUUUGCCUAGAUUUUUUGUUUAUGAUAAUCAGUAUACGAGUGUAGAUGAUUUACAUUGGUUAGAUACCCUUGUUAAGUUAUUGCAUGGGGGUUCCAACAUUGAUGUCGUUGAUGUUGACGGACAGACGCCACUGCACAUUGCAGCACACUACGGUUUAGCUGACGCUGUUAAAGUUCUUCUCCAAAUGAAUGCGUCGAUGGAAAUGAAGGACAAAAAUGGCAAGACGCCACUGGAGGGCGCCUUUGAGAAUGCACCAGUCGAAUCAGAACAAUUCCCUUCUUUUCGGGUAACUAAGAUAGAAGACAUGCGCGAACAUUUACAUGGUCACGUGAUGGUCAUUUUUCUCCUCCUAUCUCAUGGUGCCUCGAGUGGGAAGUGCACAAGCUCAAGUGGAAGCAUGCUUCACACCGCAAUCGUAAAGAAACAGUUUCACAUUGCCCAGCUUUUGCUUCUAAAGGGCGCCAAUUUAACUUGUAAAGACAGCCUUGGACGAACACCACUUGUUACGUACCUUCACAACGGCGAAGAAUUUUCUGGUGUACUUCUCCGCGAGUUUACUGACCCUGUUACCAUUGAAUGUGGGAAGCCUUUCAAUUAUUCCUUAUUUCAUCUGUUGAGUUAUAUCCGCCCAUUCUGGGAAGACAACAACUUAUUCUACUUAGACAGAUGCAGUGAACCCGCUGACCCGCUGUGUAAAGUUAAAAGGGGACCCCUUGUUAUUGCAAUUGAGAGUCACCCUGAGAAAGAAGAAAUAAUAAGCACCUGUUUUGAUGCUGAGGGAUUUACACCAUUGCAUAGAGCAGCACAAGGAGCUAAUCUAGUAGCAAUUCGCUAUCUUCUUGCAAAUGGUGCAGAUGAUUCUAUUUUGAGUCCACAUGGACACGACGCGCUAACACUGGCUGUUCUUCAUGCAGGGAGGAGACGAUUGUGGGAGCGUCAUGGAUACGUUCGGGUGAAUGGAGAUUAUAUUCAUUUGAUACAGGCCGAACAAGCAGCUAUCGAGCUUCUGCAUCACGCAGUAAAAAAUCGUGGAUACAAGAUCAGAUGCGAUUCCACUAAAUCACACUUGACGUUAUAUCAUAUGGCAGCCUCUCGUGGACUAGUGAAGUUUAUAGAAGCGAUAUUUAGCGAAAGUGAUUUGCACCAAUUGGACCCUGAUUGUGCCAACGCAGAUGGGAUAACACCAAUGUAUCUAGCAAAACUCUUCGAAGAGAGUGUACAAGAUGGCCUUGAAAAUCCUUGGGAACAAGUGAUCCAAAUAAUCAAAAGGCAUGGCGGUAAAAUGCGAUAUCCCAGAAAGAAUGUUGAGCAUAAUAUAAUAUAUAACGGCGUAUACGGCUGGAUUCCGAACGAGUUUACAAUAAAUUUGAGGCCUGACAUAGUACACUUCAUAACGUCGCUUUUGACGUCCUAUGAAAAGAAAGAAAAAAAAUCAUUUCGUUGCUUCUUCCAUCCUCAAAUUGAUUUAACUCGUGAAAACGUUUAUUACUGGCCUGUUAUUCGGCUUUGGGAAGAUAUCAAUAUUUCAUCAGUGAAAAGUUUAAUGAGAGAAUCAGAGGAAGUCCAGCCGAACUCCAAUACGGGUAAGAGACAAUGUUCGCGGGAAGAAGAAUACUUUCGCAAAGACUGGGGACGAUGUUCGUUGCAUCUAAAACAAUUUCGCCAAUACAUGUCGAAAAUUUUAUUUCCUAGACAAGCCUAUCCGAAAAAUAUCGCGAAACUCAAGAACUGGGAGGUCUUUAGCAAGGUACAAAGAAACUGGAUUCAAAAGGAAUUUCUCAGCUUAAUGAAGAUGCGACAUACGGAGGUCUUCCGAACAUUUGCUUGUUUCAAGUCUUUAUCUUCUAGAUUUAAACCAGUUUAUCAUUUGGAUGAAAGAUCGGUUACAUUCAGUAUUCGUCGGUUUGAGAAAAACCCACCUGUUGACAAUUACCUUAAUCAAAUUUGUGAUAGCAUAGAGUAUAUUUUUGAAAACUACAUAUCGUUUAGGAAAAGUGGUCAACAACCUUCUGAAUUCAGACUUAGAGACAACGAGCUUUUCAGUCGUUCUGGUUUUUUCAACGGGCCAGUGAAAAUAUUUAGACAGGCUUCCUUUAUUGGAAGUAAUCCCACCGAGUGGCCCCUGGAAUUUUUUCUAAGGCGCUCAAUGGGUUUCUUUCGUCGUUAUGAUUAUCUGAAGACUCUACACAUAGGAAAAGAGCCACGUACUUAUGUUCAUCUUUACCCCGACAAAAUUCGGAAACUUAUGGAUCGUAAUAAAAUGUGGUAUAAUCCUAGCCAGUUAGCAAUGUGGUUCAAAGAGUUCUAG